AUGAGAUACCUCAGAUCACAUGGUCUAUUCAAUUUGCAAUUAAUGAGUAGUAGUAUUGGUAACGAACUAUUCACGAAUGCACUAUUUUCCGCUCCUGUUAGAUUGAGAUUUCGCGGUGCUUGUAGCGCUAGCAAUGGCAAUGGGAGGCCAUUCUCGGUUACUGUUAAAAAUAUGCUCAACAUGAACAAGCAGAUACUGUCAAAAUUUGAUGAUUGCUCAGCGGAUAAAGGAACAAGCAGCGAUAUUGAUAGUAGUGAAUCAGGGUGGGAUUUCUGGGGCCGAGUAUACGACGAUCCAGUACUGAGAUCGCAAAUAAACGAUCGCUUCCAUAAUGCGCCAACUGUAUCAGAGAUGCUAACAAGCGAAAAACUCAUUCGCGCUCAACUUAUAUUUCUAAAUGUACCACGGAUCGGCCCUGCUUCCCAGCAGAUUAUUCGAUCCCUUAUCGAAAGCGAAUGCGGAAAAAAUAUUGCUAUAUUCGAUAUUGCGAUCAGCAAUCGGCGUUGGCGUGUCCGUUUCUAUCGCUACGAAGACGCACUGCAAGUUCUUCGGGCCUUUGACGGCUACCGUUUUCGAAACCGAUUCUUGUCCGUUCGUUAUGAGGAUUACCUUAACUGCAAGGCCUUUGAAUUAGAUAAGCAGCCUACCAAAUUGGAAUUAGAACCCAAAGUGGAAUAUCUAUCGGAUACAAAUAUUGUUUCUAAUAUCAACAAAAACAUAUGGGAUGCUACCGAAUUUGCCCAAGUUGAAUUAUUCAAAAAUGAUUUAAUGAGACUGCUGGAAAAUGCAGGAAAGGAUAACCCGGGUAUUUGUAUUGAUGAUCCGUGCAUCACACAGAUUAUGACUCGUGGAUCAGCGCUUAUCGAAGCUAUGCUAAAACAAUGGCCUGUUGGCUUAUUCCGCAUGUGUGCUCCACAGGUUCGUUUGACCGGAAGAUACCUUAGUUUGGGCCACCAAAGUCAAAGUGCUGUGCUAAGCAAAGUUACAGUCGAGUCGUACCCAAGGAUAUAUGUGGAGACAUGGGAACCCGUUGCACCUACAAUAAUUUACACCAAGUAUCACCUGGUGGAUUAUUCCUGUGCUCUUUUGCGUCAUUUCGGCGCGCAACAAGUACAAGUGGACUUACCAUGGCGAAUCCUAACAACGCUUCUUCCAUCAAGCGCAGAGUGGCCACAAAAUUCUGUAGAACUGAUGGACCUGGUAGCAAAAUUAUCGCCUCAUAUAAGCAUACUUGGAGAAACGUUAUUCUUAGUGAGUGACGAAAGUCACAGACGAGCACUCGCGCAAAAAUUGUUACAUUUACCAGAAUAA